AGAGGACCCUCACUGCGAAAAGACGGAACAUUUUCCAACCAGCCGUCUCACGGGAGGGAAUAUCCACUGUACAUGUAGAGGCUUUCAUAUCUGACACGGCUGGCAGUAGUUUGCGAGAUGGGCUCGGUAUUACCCGCGGAGGCUUUAGCCCUAAAGUCUGGAUUUAAAUGUCAGAGUCGGUCCUUAUCUGAUAUUAUCACCUCAGACAUUCUGCACAGUUUCUUGUAUGGAAGGUGGAGAAAUGUGAUCGGGGAGCAUCUGAUGGAGGAUAGACAGAGUAGCAUCAGUCCCAAGACAGCCUUCACAGCUGAGGUCCUCGCGCAGUCCUUCGCCGGAGAGGUUCAGAAGCUCUCCAGCCUGGUGCUGCCCAGUGAGGUGAUCAUUGCCCAGAGCUCUAUCCCUGGCGAGGGCCUGGGCAUUUUCUCCAAGACCUGGAUCAAGGCGGGCACAGAGAUGGGUCCGUUCACUGGCAGGGUAAUCUCCCCUGAGCACGUAGACCUGCUCAAGAACAACAACCUCAUGUGGGAGGUGUUCAACGGGGACGGCACGGUGCGCUACUUCAUCGAUGCCAGCCAGGAGGACCAUCGCAGCUGGAUGACCUAUAUCAAGUGUGCGCGCAACGAACAGGAGCAGAACCUGGAGGUGGUGCAGAUCGGCAGCAGCAUCUUCUACAGAGCUGCAGAGACUAUCCCCCCAGACCAGGAGCUGCUGGUGUGGUAUGGAAACUCCCACAACACCUUCCUUGGUAUUCCCGGCGUUCCCGGUACUGAGGAGCAUCAGAGAAAGAGCCGGAAUGAGGACUCUCACUCCUGUGACGGCUCUUCAUCUUGCUCCCCCUCCUCCUCUUCUUCCUCGUCUGUGACCAGCCGCAUGCGCUGCGUCAUCUGCCACCGGGGCUUCAACUCUCGUAGCAACCUGCGCUCCCACAUGCGCAUCCACACCCUGGACAAGCCGUUCGUCUGCCGCUUCUGCAGCCGUCGCUUCAGCCAGUCGUCCACCCUGCGCAACCACGUGCGACUGCACACCGGAGAGCGCCCCUACAAGUGCCAUGUGUGCCAGAGCGCCUACUCCCAACUGGCAGGGCUACGGGCACACCAGAAGAGUGCCAGGCACAGACCAGGGGCGGCGGGCGCAGACACUGCCUCCCAAGUCUCACCUGCUCCCCCACCGAUCAACAGCCUGACCCAACAUCAGGUCCCUCUGGUUCACCAUAUCCCCACCAUAGUGCUAUGA